UAUUAGUUAUCAAACACUAAAGGGUGUAAUAGCCUAGAGACAAAAUAAAAGAUAUACAAAAAGGUAUUUUUAGACACCUGCUUUUCAAACUUUAUUGAUAUAUUAUUUCACUUUUUUCCAAGACCUUUAAAUGCUAACCAGUGCUAAAGGGAAUCCUAGGCCUAGUGCUGCUCACCAUCUUGGGUUUUAUAGAGAAACGUGACAGAGGCCGCUGUCGAGUGGGAGGGUCGGUCCAAAGUAACUUCAUAUCGUUGGCUUAAUAUGCUCCAGACCUGCAGCAGUCUGCUGUUAUUCUCUCAAUUUGUAGCAAUAGUUUGAUAUCCUCGACGUGCAGCCAUGCCGAACCCCUCUGAGCAGAGCUCUUGUUUGGUUCUGGAGAACUUCAUCGGAGGGAAGUUCGUCCCGUGUCGGACUCACAUCGACUCCUACGACCCGUCCGUCGGAGAGGUUUACUGCAGGGUGCCGGACAGCGGGGCGCCGGAGGUGGAGGCAGCGGUGGCGGCGGCUAAGGAAGCGUUCCCCGGGUGGUCCGCUCGCAGCCCGGAGCAGCGGGCUCAGGUCCUCAACAAGCUGGCCGACCUGUUGGACGCCAACGUGGAGGAGUUCGCCCAAGCUGAAUCCAGGGACCAAGGUAAAACAGUAACAUUUGCACGGACUGUUGACAUUCCCCGAUCUGCGUACAACUUCCGCUUCUUUGCCUCAUCACUGUUGCACCACACCAACGACUGCAGCCAGAUGGACCACAUGGGCUGCCUGCACUACACCAUCCGCUGCCCUGUGGGAGUGGCCGGUCUGAUCAGCCCCUGGAACCUCCCCCUGUACCUGCUGACCUGGAAGAUUGCUCCUGCCAUCGCUGCAGGCAACACAGUGGUGGCCAAACCCAGCGAGAUGACCUCUGUGACUGCCUGGAUGAUGUGCAAGUUGAUGCAGCAGGCUGGUGUUCCUCCAGGAGUUGUCAACAUUGUUUUCGGCACCGGGCCAAAAGCAGGCGACGCCCUGGUCGGCCAUCCUGACGUCCCAUUGGUCUCCUUCACUGGCUCCACGGCCACUGCCCAGUACAUCACAGAGCGGAGCGCCCCCUACUGUAAGAAGCUCUCUCUGGAGCUGGGAGGGAAAAACCCUGCCAUUAUUUUUGCUGACGCAGACCUGGACCGGUGCAUCGAGACCACUGUUCGCUCCAGCUUCUCCAAUCAGGGGGAGAUCUGCUUGUGCACCAGCAGGAUUUAUGUAGAGGGGAGUAUUUACUCUGAGUUCCUGGAAAGGUUUGUGGCUGCGGCUAAGAAGUGGAAGACAGGUGCGCCCUCUGACCCCGGCAACGACAACGGAGCGCUCAUCAGCAAAGAGCACCUGGAGAAGGUCCGUAGCUUCGUAGCACUCGCCAAAUCAGAAGGAGGCACGGUCCACUGUGGGGAGGGGGUGGAUCAGCUCCACCUCCCUGAGCGCAACGCUAAAGGCUACUUUAUGCCGGCCACCGUCAUCUCAGGCAUUUCUGACAGCUCCCGCGUCAUGCAGGAGGAGAUCUUCGGCCCCGUCACCUGCGUCUCCUCCUUUCACUCAGAGGAGGAGGCCGUUUCCAAGGGCAACGGCGUGCGCUAUGGUCUGGCAGCCACCGUGUGGUCCCGGGACGUGGGGAAAGUUCACCGGAUGGCCAGGAAGAUACAGGCAGGCCUGGUGUGGACCAACUGCUGGCUGGUGAGGGAUCUGAACCUGCCCUUCGGAGGGAUGAAGAACUCUGGUGUGGGGAGGGAGGGGGGGAAGGACUCCUACCACUUCUUCACCGAGGUUAAGACCGUCACCGUCAAACACUGAGGGAGGAAAAAGAGAUGGCUACCUUGAUUGGAGAAAAGGUUUUCUAGUUAAUCGUGACAUUCAUCAACUCCCCCCCCCACCCCCCACCCCGGAUUACUGGAGCCUGUAAUUAAGUCCCAUCAGAGGAGGUUACAGAGGAAUAAACAUGCAUCCAAAAACAAUGUCAAGUAAAGAGGAAAUGUAUUACACUGCAAAACACUGUAAUACCUUUUGUAUUAGUUCAUCCCUUAAUAUUCUAAACUGCCAUAUUCUACUGUGGAGCAUUUUGGAUGCAUGGGGUGUGUUAGUGCUUCAUAUUUAAAAAAAAGGUGCUGAGCAAGUCGAUAGCACAAUUUAUGAAUUAAGUAACAGCAGCUUUAAACCACAUUUUAAAGUUUAGACUGCAGGUCUGUCUCCUGCAUGACAGUAAGUCAUUCUGAAAAGAAUGCAUGCAGCACCAACACAGAUAGAAUGAAUAGAAAAGCUUCUAGUUAAGCAUGGUAAACAAGUGAGAGUUGGUACAGUGUGUGCCUCAGGAGAACCCAACCCAAAAAGCAAAUCAUUGUCAAAUGUAAUGUCCUGGUAUUUCUUCAGCUUUUUUGUAACACCACAUCAAAUUAAAAGACUUUACACAUUCAA